AUGGAAAAAGCUUUGAAGAUCGUUAAGACACUAAGAAAUAAUUGGAAAAAGUCUGUUUUUGGUGCAAUUUUAGUGUAUUAUGGUGCUGCAACUGCAAAAGAAAAAUACGAGAUUAAUAUAUUAAUGCGAGCAGCAUGCAAGGAAGCAGUGAAGUAUGGUGAUGCCAUGAUUGAAUAUGAUAGAAACCCAACACUAAUAACAGUUGUUCUUAACCCAGUUGCUAAUAAGAGAAAAGCUAAAAAAGACUUUGAAAAGUAUUGUGAGCCAAUACUUCAUCUUGCUGGUUUACAAGUGGAUGUGAAAGUAACAACUUCUGAGGGCCAUGCUAAGGAAAUUGUGGAGAACUUAAAGGGUACUGAGGCUAUUAUUGUAGCAGGGGGAGAUGGCACACUUUCAGAAACUGUAACAGGACUGCUACGCCGAAAUGAUGAUGCUAACCGCUUUCCUCUUGGUAUUUUACCUUUGGGAUCAACUAAUAGCCUUGGCAAUACAUUGUUUCCUGGAGGCAAAGGUGUUGAAAGAGUCAAGCAACUUAUUGAAGCUUGUAUGGCAAUAGUUCAAGGACAGACAGUUUUAAAGGAUGCUAUGAAAAUUGAGCCUUUAGCAAAUGAGGAAGAAACUCCAAGUAGGCCAAUUUAUGCCAUGACGUCAAUAGACUGGGGAGCAUUUAGGGAUAUCCAAGCAAAGAGAGAUAAAUAUUGGUUGUAUGGUCCGUUACGUGAAUAUGCAUCUUACAUUUUCAAUGGUUACAAGGAUUCUAUUACAUGGAUUUGCAAUGGAGUUAUAACAUACACUCCUCCAUGUGCCGGGUGUAGUAAUUGUAUAACAAAAAAACCUGAAUUAAAAAGAAAGUGGUCUUUCUUUAUGCCAAGCACUCAAGCCACUACCGAUACUGAUAAAUUAAAAAUUUUAAACCCAGAAUGUGCAUCAACACAGGAACUGUGCUUUAAGACAAGUGAAAUAAAAAUAAGUCCCAACCUUAGUGGGGGUAUACCAGCUCUACGUGUAGAAUUGGGAAGAAAUAAAUAUUCAUAUACAGAGUUUGUUUCUGAAGGAUGGCGGAGGAUUAAAGGUGAUAGUAAUAUUGAAGAAGUUGUACAAGCACGAACAAUUCUUUUGCAACCACAAAGUACAAAACCAGAUGAGGUGUUUGAGAUAGACAAAGAAGAAUUUGAUGUUAAGCCUAUGAAAGUGACUAUAUUACCAAAUAUGAUUAAACUGUUUUGUAAAAGUGAAAGAUUUGAUAAAUAA